ACAAGAAAACACGCCGAAUUCCGACGGAGAUUCCGACGGACGACACAGCCGUCGGACACUUUGGACGGAAUUCUGACCGAUUUCCGACGAAAACAAAAAAUCUGAAGUCGUCGGAAUUCCGUCGGCUAAUUCCGACGAAUUUCUGAGAAAACAAGGGUCGUCGGAAUAUUCCGACGACUUUUCGACGAUAUUCCGAUAAACAAUAUAACCGUUGUAGUCGUCGAAAAGUCGUCGGAAUAUUCCGUCAAAUUUCCGACGAUAUGCCGAUGAAAAGAUAUAACCGUUACGGUCGUCGGUAUUCCGUCGGUAUUUUCCGACGAAUUUCCGACGAACCAAGUGACCGUUGCCGACAAAUAAAUAUGACCGUUUUAUAGCCGUUCGAGAUUGGAAAAUACUGACGGAAUUCCGACGGAAUGCUUUAUAUCUGUCGGUAUUCCGUCGGAAAGUCGUCGGAUGUCCGUAAGCAAUUUCCUAUAAAUGCAACCCCUCCUCAUUCAUCUCAUUCACACCUCAUUCUCUCUUCUUUCUCUUUAGUCAUAACAAUUUCGUGAAAAUCAUGUCUUCAGGAGCUUAUUAUCGUUCGUGGAUGGAUAAACCUCAUUUGGAUCCCAACACUAAUUUGCUUACGGAAGAAUACGUUCAAGGAAUUGGAGAAUUCAUGAGGCUUGUUCAACAGCAACCGGAUGCAAAAAGUGGGUUUUCACGUAAUUAUAAAGUUUGGUACCUUCAUGGGGAAACUGGUUAUGAAUAUGGUAGUACUAGCGAACCUCAGCCUGUUAGUGAACUUCAGCCUGAUAUUAGGUUAGAAGAACCUAGAACGGAUAUAGAUUAUGGUGUAGGUACUGAGCAGAUGGUACAUGAUCAUUAUAGAGGGGAAGAACCAAAUCCCGAAUCUAGGAGAUUUUUUGAUAUGUUAGAUGCAGGAAAACAACCUUUGUAUCAAAAUUGUAAAGAUGGUCAUUCAGUCUUAUCAUCUGCAACUAGAUUAAUGGGUAUUAAGACAGACUAUAAUUUGGCUGAAGAAUGCAUGGAUGCGAUUACUGAUUUUGUCAAAGGUAUUCUACCUGAGGAUAACCUUGCACCGGGUUCAUACUACGAGGUUCAGAAACUUGUAGCCGGUCUUCAACUACCGUACGAAGUGAUAGAUGUAUGUAUUGACAACUGCAUGAUCUACUGGAGAGCGGAUGAGACACGAAAUGUAUGCAAAUUUUGUGGGAAACCUCGUUAUCAGGAGACGAGGGGAAGAGUUCCGAUCCCGUUCAAAAGAAUGUGGUAUUUGCCUUUGACGGAAAGAUUGAAGAGGUUGUAUCAGUGUGAGCGCACAGCAAAAGCAAUGAGAUGGCAUGCAGAGCAUUCCACAAAUGGUGAGAUUAGACAUCCUUCAGAUGCGAAGGCUUGGAAACAUUUCCAGUCAACAUAUCCAGAAUUUGCGGAAGAGAGAAGAAAUGUUUAUCUUGGAUUAUCUACUGAUGGUUUCAGCCCGUUUGGAAAGCAUGGAAGACAGUAUUCUCUAUGGCCAGUUAUCGUGACCCCGUACAACUUACCGCCGAGCUUGUGCAUGCGACGAGAGUUUUUGUUUCUCUCAAUUCUCGUCCCCGGUCCAGAUCAUCCUAAAAGAUCACUAGAUGUGUUUCUUCAACCACUGAUAUAUGAGUUGCAACAACUAUGGGCGCAUGGUUUUGAGACAUACGAUGUUUCGUGCAAAGAAAACUUUCAGAUGCGGGCAGUACUUAUGUGGACAAUAAGUGACUUUCCAGACAUACGAUCGUCUCCAACUCAUUAAGGUGGCUCACACUAACAAGAAGACAGGUCAAAUUCAGGAUCCCGUGAUCAAAUGUGUCGUUGAUUUGGUGGAAGCUGAAAUAGCAACUCAAUCUCAGCCUCUCUCUGAUGACGGCGAUUCUACGGGAGCUUCAACCAACUUGUCCCUAUUGCAAAUAAAUGAGAUGGUUGAAAAGGUAAUUUUUUUUAUUAAUAUAUUUUUUUUAUAAUGUCGAUUACUAAUUUGUCUAUAUUUACUAACUUUAAAUAUUUUUGUAGGCGGUUCCUAAAAGGAAAGGAGGCCGUUUAGUUGGGUUGGCCCGCCGUGCUUCUUCGUAUCCGGCGUCUUCUUCGCAAGCUCCGUAUGCCGAUCCCAUGAUUCUCGAGGAGCUACAUGACAAAGAUGAACGAAUUGGGGCAUUGGAGGAGCAGAACACCACUAUCCUUUCGGAGAAUGCCACUAUCCGUUCGGAGAAUGCCACUAUCCUUGCUGAGCUGGCAUCCCAGAAGAAGUUCAACGCCGAGAUAAUGCAGAAGCUAGAUCGUUUGAUGUCUUCGAGUUCUUAGUUUUUUUCAGCUUUUUAAAACUGUCUGAAUGUUUUUUCUUUCGUUUUGCAUGAAUUUUAAAUUUUCUGAAUGUUUUUUUUUCUAUUUCGGUUUGUAUGAAUUUAAAUUCUAUAAUAUUAUUAUUUUUAAAUUUCAGAUUUUAUUUAUUUAUUAAUUAAUUUUUCAUAUAAAAAAUAUAUAUAAAAAUGCAAAAUUAAUUCGUAUUAAAAUUGACAUUUUCCGACGAACUAAGUUCUCGAUAAAUACCGACGGAGUAUGACUCGUCGGUAAAUACCGACGGAUUAUGAUUCGUCGGAACAUACCGACGAAUGGUGAGUCGUCAGAAUUUACCGACGAAUCGUAAUCCGUCGGUAUUUACCGACGAGUCAUACUCCGUCGGUAUUUACCGACGAAUCAGACUCCGUCGGUAUUUACCGAGAACUUAGUUCGUCGGAAUCUUCGGAGGAUCCGUCUCCGUCGGUAUAUAGUUUUUCCGAUGAACUCUAGUCUCGUGUGUCCGCAUCGGAAUAUUGUCGGAAGUUCGUCAGAAUGUCAUUUCUCGGUAUUUGUCAGAAAGUCGUCGGAAGUUCUGACGAAAUUCCGACGAAUUCUUUUUUUCCGACGAAAUGAUACCGACGAACGCCUUCGUCAGAAAUGCGUCGGAAUAGGCCUUUUCCGACGAACUUCCGACGAUUUUGGCCAUCAGAAUCUCUCUGUUUUCUUGUAGUGGUCACUUAGUCCAUCCAGAAAGAUGUUGAGCCUUUGACCCCUCAGUUGAUACAAACUUUCUCGAUGUUACUGGCAACAAAGUUGUUGGUAUUCGGCCAGUCUAUAUUCGGGUUUCGGCCCAGACACAGACGAUUUGGCUAUCUUUUGACAUUCGUUGGAAGUGUGGUUCCAUCUAUUUUGUAGCACUAAAUAUAUUUUUUUCCCCAGGAAUCAGGUGAUAAGACAUAAAAAAAACCUCUAGAACUAGUCGACCGGUUUAAACCAGCUGAUAUUGGACUUGAAUUUGAUUCUAGUUUUGGGUGCUUACCCAAUCACCCAAGAUUAUAGCAAAACAAAAGAGGCCAUAAGCUGAAAACGACAAAAGGAACUCUUCAAAUGUUUACUACGUUAAAUUUCGGAAAAGAUUGCUCACUUUUAGAUAGAUAGCAGAUAACUCUCAUUGCGUACACAUAUAUAGAUAUAUCUUCUUUUUUUUUUUUUUGGUAUUUGUUGGAUUGUUAUACAAGCAAAAGAGAAAAUUGAAUCUUGAAAGAAAGAAGACAUAGAUAAAAUCUUGACAGGUAAACACUACGCAUAACACUCAGAGUUUUUGACAUUGGACUUUUCUUCAUCAGUCAUGGAUGUGUCAAAGUCUCUGAAAUUUUGUACAACAACAGAAAGGCAUGUUCUAAAGAUGCAAGCAUCACAUUUUCGAUAGCAAGUAAAACCUUGUUUAUGCAUCAUAAGCUCAAGGAAACACACAUAUCCUGACGUAUCUGAUCAUCAUCUAUGGUGCCUAAAGAGCUGCUUUUUGUUUCCUCCUCUCUCGCAAAAAUUCUCUUUCUUGAGUAAUUUACAUAUCUGUACAACUCCGGUUGCUAAAAAAAAAAACAUAUCUGCACAACUCCCUUCUCGUUCUGCCUCUCUUUAACUUCAAACUAUAAUGGUUUCUUCUCUUACAAAACAUUGGCCAGACCGACGAUGCUCUCUUACAUCAAUGUUAGAUUGAGUCUUAUCAUUAGCCUCUAGAACAGGCAUUUCUCUAGCAGCUCUUUCUUCUUCUACUCCCAUGUCCUUUACGUGUUUCUGUUAGUCUGCAGAAAAAUAUAUAUUGGUAGAAAGAACUUAAAAUUUUAUGGUUUUUUUUUUGCUUCUAGAAACAAGCCGAAGAUAUAUGUUAUCAAAUUGCUAUAGUUGUAUGUUAAAAUAUUACUACUCCAUAACUCAAUCAAAUUAAAAAAAAAGCUAUAAACAAACAGUAUCCAGAUAUAACGAAUAUUUUGAUUAAUCUACAAGAAUCCUGUUUGAACAAACAAUCAAAGAGAAACUC